AUGCAAACAAACAAUGUCUGUGAUGCUUUUUCUCAACAAGACGAAUCAGCAUAUAUUGAUGCUUUUAGUACUCUAAUAAAAGAUUCCUAUUCAGCACCGCUUCCUCGAGAGCUGACAACCACAUGUAAGAACCAAAAUAAAGAUUCAGUGUCAACAGUUAAAUCAAUAACAACUUCAAUGUUAUCAUCUGAUUUACAAAUAUUUUGUGGUACCGAAACCAUAUGCACGAUACCAGCUGGCUUUACAGUUACAAUGAAUAGCAAUUUAAAUGUUGCUGCUUUAGUUUUGAGUGGUUCAUUAGUUUGGAAUGACGUCAACGGAGGCCAAUUCGACAUGAAUCUAGCGAGUAAACAAGGUUAUAUUUACAUAAAAAAUAAUGGUCUCAAGCAUCCAACGGUUUAUACUCGCGCUUUUGGUGCCUAUAAUACCGGCAAAAUACGUGUUAGUGGUCGUCCUCUUGCUAGAACUUGGUCUUUACUAGCUGACAGAGCGACAUAUGGCAUGAGUUCAAUUAGUCUCUUGCACAAACCUGAAGAUAUGGGCUGGAGAGUUGGCGAUAGAAUUGUUAUAGCUCCCACUAUGUCAGGCUCAAGAGGUGAUGCUGAAGAUUAUACGAUUGGAGGAUUCGAGACUAAUAAUACUAUAAAAUUGCUCAAUAAAGACGGAACUUCUAUUGGCGUUAUAUCAUCAUUUUUUGAGUCAAAAACUCUGUUUACAGGGGAAAAUAUGUCUGCUCUCAUGCAAGCUGAAGUCAUCAAUCUUUCACGUAAUAUUAUAAUUACCGGAGAUGAUUUUCAGCAUGUUAAUUGCGUGAACGAUGUAGCUGACGGCAAACCAAGCGAUAGUAUUCAAGCCGAUCAUUGCUCAUGUUGGAAGCAUAUUAACCGAAGUAAAUGCACUCUUGGAUUGCAUACAAUCGCGGUUGGGCCUGGCUCUGUUCUAUCUUUACAAUAUACAAGAAUUGAGAAGUGUGGCCAACGUGGUAUUUUAGGAAAAUACUGUGUUCAUUUACAUGUAAUUACUAAAUGUUCUGAUUGUAAAAUUAUUGGCAAUGCUGUUGAGUAUGGCCAUCAAAGAGGUACUACCAUUCAUGGAACGCAUUUAGCGACCAUAGAGAAUAAUGUUUACAAUGACAUUCGUGGUGCAAUAAUAUAUAUCGAAGAUGGAAAUGAAAUGUAUAAUAGAAUAUUUUAUAAUGUUGGAAUAUGUCCUUGGGCAAAAUCCGGAGAAAAAAGGGGAUGCACUGUACCAGGCACAGAUAAUGAUCAAUCUGAUACUACAUUAAAUCAAGCUGGUUUGUGGGGUUUGAGUUUUACUAACUACGCUAUUGGAAAUCGUUUUGCUAAUAAUUUUAAUGGUAUGUUGUAUCAAGAGCAAGGAUUCGAUCGUGGUCGAGGCCACGUAAAUGGUUUAGAAUGCCCCAGUUUUCAGCAAAUUGGAAGAUUAGAAGGAAAUACUUUUCACGGUUGUGGAAGAUUUGGUACAUAUGUACUCGCAAGUGUGUUCCCAAAAAAAACCGACAGGUCGGUUGAUAAAAAUGGUCUACCAACUUUAAGCACAUGUAAAGAAUGGAGUGCAAUUGGUGAAGAUAACGGAUUACCAGCGACAUUUAUGCACAAUAUAGAUUAUGACAAUGUAUUUGUAGGCCAAUAUAAUGCUGGUGAUUUACAGUAUCGAUUUCAUACAAGCAUUAAUAACAACAAUUUGAUUUACUGGAAAGAAACGAAAAAUUUUCAAGAUGGUUGCUCCUCUCACAUUGCUGACUCGUUUUAUGAUUCAGGCAAUUUGGCUUUGCCUGGUGGCCACGGAGCGUUUAUUUUAGAAAAUAUGAUUUUCAAUAACGAAGUUAGCUUUGAGUCAAGUCACCAUUGUCAAAGUGGAGUAACUGGAGUACUUUGCAUGCCAACUUAUGUGUUUGUCAAUAUGAAAUGGACUGGUGUUACAUCUGAAAGAUCUUCGAUCUUAAAGUGGGGACCAAACAAUGGCGCUAUGUUUACACUUGGACCUGAUGAUGAAAAAAAUUUAAGUGGGAAUAAAUUAUUUCCUGCUGGCUUUUGCUCUAUAGUCAAUCCAUAUUGGUCCUAUCUUUUAGCAUUGGAUAGUGGUGCUUCUUGUUUAAGUUCCAACGAUGUUGCUAAUCUUUUAAGUCAAGAUACUGUUAAAUUUACGAGAAAGUAUGAUGGUGGAGCUAUUUUUUGCAAAAGGCCUGUUCGCCGACUUGAGAUAUUCUCAUUUAAUCAACAUCUUACAAACUAUCAACCCAUGCAGUUGGAACUUUGGCAAUUCGGUAACCUCAUAAGCUCAGUUACUUUGAAUUUUUUUCAAAUUGGAGACAGAAAGCAAGGCUACAGUGCCACUGUAGUUCCUGGUUUGGAUCACAAGUACAAAUUGUCAAUGACUGGCGGAGGAAAUGUGUCUCCUGAUUGGAUUAUUGAAUUUUCUGACCCUAUUUUUGGAAACCGUUGGAACAGAGAUGAGAUUGAUCUAGUUGUUGUAGGUAGAAACUGUUCAUAUCCAGUUCACUCUCAACACGAUCGGAGAUACAUUUGGUCUGGAGAUAAUUACCUUAGAGUAAAAGGGAGAGGAGCUUGCACAUCUUUUCCUGAUACGCAACCCGUUGACUGUAGAUCUCAACCAAAACUAAGUAAUAUUGAGCAUUGUCCAGGCAAAUGCCCGAACGGGUGUACAAAUGGAUACUGUGAUUGUGCAACAGGAGAGUGUUUGUGCAAUCCUGGAUUUUCUGGUUCACAUUGUAAUAUUGACACUUGUGCUGCUGCUGGAUGCAUCAAUGGUAAUUGUGUUGCUCAAUAUCUUGGACAAGAGUUGCUUGUCACAAAUAAACCAUGUGUUUGCAUUGAUGGUUGGUAUGGCGGUAAAUGUAAUACAACAACGCCGCCACUUCCAGUUCCAGACCCAGUUCCCACGUGUUUUAACGGAUGUUAUUUUUUCACCGACAGUGAAAUUACCGGUGGAGAGCUUGGGGUUAUUCAAACAUCAGAUCCAAAAGCUUGCUGUGCUGCGUGCAAUGCGAAUGCAGCCUGCAAUUCAUGGGUUUUGUCUGUUAUUUGCUUUUUAAAAACAGGAACACAAAGAAUACACAAAUCUGGAAUCAUAUCAGGAAUUAAAUGUUCAGCCGGAACAGGUUCUGGCACAAUUCCGCCCGUUACCGCAGCACCUGACACAACCCACUGUGAUGGUAGAUGCAAAGGUCAAUACCCUUACGGUUGCAAUUCAGCCUUUCAAAUUGGAUAUUGUAAUGCAGGAGGUGGGUGUGCUUAUUCUACAAUGGAUGAUCCUAAUUGGUGUUGUUUCAAUGGUUGUAAUCAACAAUCAUCUGCCACAAAUCCAUCAGUUAUGACCAAUGCGCCGACUGAUAUACCUACAACAAUUACUGCAGCACCUGUAUCAGCUACCUGUGACGGCAGAUGCGCUGGAAAAUUUCCUUACGGUUGUAACUCUGGGUUUUCUAUAGGAUACUGUAAUGCUGGUGGUGGCUGUAGCUAUUCUACAAUGAAUGAUCCCAGUUGGUGUUGCUUCAUUGGUUGUAAUCAACAGCCAUCUACCACAGACUCACCAGCUUUGACAAAUACACCGACAGAUGCAUCUACAACAGUUACCGUAGCACCUGUAUCAGCUACCUGUGAUGGCAUAUGCAAAGGUCAAUACCCUUACGGUUGUAAUUCAGCCUUUCAAAUUGGAUAUUGUAACGCAGGAGGUGGAUGUACUUAUUCUAUCACUACUCACCCAAAUUGGUGUUGCUUCAAAGGUUGUAAUCAAUAA